AGAUUUUUCUCGAUAUUGGAUGUUAUUAAGUUAUGAAGAUUGGGAAGAAGAAAACAGUCACUGGCUGAGGUCCGACAGCUGCUCAACUGUUCGGAGGCUGACGGCAGUCUGUUAUAAGAAGAAAAUGCACUGAUGACUGGAUCCCGCAACAAACCCUGUCGAAUGAUGGUCGGCGAAAUCGUCAUAGUGCGGCAUCCUGUUUCUGUGUGUGUACCUGUGAACCAUAAAGUGACCCUGAGUGUCCGUGUUGAGGGCACAGAUAACCCCCACUACCAGUGGUUCACUGAAGAAAAUGAGGUGCCUGGAGCCACUGAGGCAGACUUGGCCAUCAAAGCUACAAAAACUCAGCUCUUCGUGUGCCGAGUGAAUGACCUUAUUUGUAACUGCGUGUUCAGCGACUGGGUGAAAGUGAAGGUGGUGGACAUUGAUAAAUCAGGAUUGCCAGUACAUUGGCAGGGUGAGCCACACAUCGCUGUCAACCCGAAACCCCAGACGGUCCGAGAGGGUACCAAACUCACUCUCCGCUGCACUGCCUUUGGCAUGCCGACUCCACAUUAUCAAUGGUACAGAAAUGGACAGCCGCUGCUUGACAAAACUAGUGGUACGCUGCAGAUUGAGCGUGCAACAGCCGAGCAUGGAGGGACAUACCUGUGCUCCGCAUCUAAUGUGCUACAAGAGACAUGGACAGAACCUGUCGAUGUUGACAUUGUGCAAACUGAUCAGCUUCCUCCUGCAGUGCCCACAGCCACAGAUAAAGUUGCCCUUCUCAUUGGCAACCUGAAUUACUCCCACCACCCUGACUUAAUGGCCCCCAUUAUGGAUGUACACGAGCUGGCCAACCUCCUGCAGCAGCUUGGCUUCAGAGUUGUUUCCCUGCUGGACCUCACCAGGGAGGAGAUGCUGGCUGCUAUUGACAAAUUUAUUCAGCUCCUUGACAGAGGAGUUUAUGGUCUUUUCUACUAUGCGGGUCAUGGAUAUGAGCGUGCUGGGAGGAAUUACCUGGUAGCUGUUGAUGCUCCACAACCGUAUCGGACUGAGAACUGUGUCUGUGUGCAGAGAGUCAUGCUCAGCAUGCAGCAAAGACGGACAGCACUGAGUGUGAUCCUUCUGGAUACCUGCAGGAAAUGGUACAACCAGGACAGCUUACCUUCAGGCAUCAUGCCACUGGGACCCAGUGGGAACACUGUCUAUGGUUAUGCCACAUGUGAAGAUGCUGAGGCAUUUGAGGUCCAGGACGGGGGUAAAAGCACUGGAAUCUUCACUAAGUACUUGAACGCGCACAUCCUACAGACCGACAAAGUCACACACGUCUUGGAGCAGGUGUCUGAGGAUCUAGGCAGAGACCCUCUGGUCACAGGCAAGCAGCAGGUGGAGAUCAAACACACCCUUAAGGAACCGCGAUCCCUUGCAGACCCAGUUCGGACCACCGGCCACACAAGGGAGCUUCACUUUCGAGAUGCCUGCUGGAGACAAGCAAAUGAACUACCACGGAAGAAGCGGCUGAUGUUUAUUUGCGGAGUAGAAGUGGAAGUCAGCUUCUCAGCUUUGUUCUCAAAUGUCAUGGUGGCUUUUGCCACCAUCAAGACUACAAGCCCCAGAACCCAGGACUGCACCGUCACUCUGAGCAGCACACCUCCAAUGGAAGACAUAUUUUCCGGCCCUGGCAGGUCAGAGGAUAUGGACUCACUACUAUUCAAGACUUCAGAAAACCCAGACUGUAGUCUGCGACUUUGUGGUCUUCAAAAGCUUACGGAAUCGCUUGUCAUCAAAGUGGAUCUACACUAUACUCACACGGACAGUCGGCUGCGCCAGACAGAAAGCCAACAGGUGGACAUUGGAAAACCUCUGGUCGCGUCCUGUAAAUUGCACAAGAGGAAUCAUGCAACAACAGCCAAGAAAAAAGAAGGUGCUUCAGCUCAAACUAUGGGUGACAUACCAAGCAGCAAACCACAGCUGCGUCAGACUCAGGCAGGUCCAUGUCGCCCUUUCACCAGAAAGGCCGAGUGUGCUGCUAAAGUUGCAGUUGCAAGGAGCAACGAACCUGAAGAGAACGAUGAAAAUGAACUGUACAAUACUUGUAUGAAAAUGUGAUGCUUUUUACUGAUAAGAGUAGGAAUUUUCAGUUGCCGAUCAUGCAUCUUACUUGUCUGUGGUUGAUUGAUGAUAAAUGAGAGAGUGAAUGAGUGACUGAGGUUUGUGUUUGGGUAGUGUUUUCAGCCUUCAAUUCUUCUCAACACUGAAGAAACAUUAACACUUACUUUUGCUAACUACUGAUUUCAUCACAACUUGUAUAUUACCUUUUUUUCCACUUUAUAAUCAAUGGCAAGCUGGCUAGCCGUAUUUAUCAACUAAAGACCAUUACUGUUAUUAAUUUAUCUAAUAAAGACAACUACUUUCAUCACUA